UCUUUUAUUAUCACUAUUUUCAGAGAAGUUCAAAGAAAGAAACAAUGGCAAGGUUCAAUAUCACUACUUUCAUAGCAGUUCUUUUGGUUGCAGUAUUUGCCAUAGCUGCGGUGGAGGCAUCGAUUUACAGGACCACCGUUACCACCACUGAGAUCGAAGACAGCUCGGACAAUCAACAAUCACAGAGGUGUCAACGGCAAAUGCGCGGGAUGCGAAUGAAUAUGUGCCAACAGUAUCUACGACAAUCAUCGCAAAGAAAUGAUGAUAUUAUGAUGAUCGAGAGCAAUCCAACAAGGCAAGGACUACAAGACUGUUGUAGAGAAAUGAGGGGAGUGAGUGAGGAGUGCAGGUGUGAAGCUGUCAGACAAAUGGUGCAACAGAUGCAAGGACAGGCGUACCAGGGACAAAUGAUGCAGAAGGCUAGACAACUUCCUUCUAUGUGCGGAAUGAGGCCUCAGUAUUGCGAUAUCCGUGGACGAUAUGUCGAGUACUAGUAGAUUAGUACAAUUAGGCAUUAGCUACAUGCACAAGAAUGGAGCUAUUGACAAUAAAAGUGGUUUACUGCUUUUUUCCGCUGUUGCUUAGUUAGGAAUGCGCAUCAUCGUGUGUGUUUGCUUUGUUGUUUCUAGCUUCCCCUGUAAAAGGCACAAUCUCUUUAAAUAAAACUCAGGUAAAUGCUAAUUUUUAAUUUUAGU